CACAACAUGAUAAGAUUCCAAGAUGGCGAACCAAAGUGUAUGUGGUUCUCUCAACACACGACGGGCGAAGCAUACAUUUUCGACGCCGUACAGAAAGAUAAGUCGGGAAAACGUCCGCUUGUCUACUGUGCCAACGGCUCACACGCUCUGUAUCCUCUUCCAGGCCCGCACGAAUACACCAUACCCAACUUAUCCGUUCCCUUCCGUUUCCGGCUCGUGGACGAAACCGACACUGCAGGUCCCGUGUACGACCCCCUUCUCACGUCAUACUACUAUAUCUUCACGCCUUUCUUGUCAACUUUCAUGCCUUUCCCCACCAUGGUAUCUUCCCUACCGUCAUCCAAAUCACACGUUCCUACUGGGUUUCUAUACUUCAAGGGUCGUUGGGGGGAUCGUCAGCUUGAAUCAAGAACUACGUCCGUGAUAGAACAGCUUGAAGGCAAGAGUGAGAAAGGAAGUGGCAAGACUUUUGUCAGUGGGCCAACAGGCCCUUUAGAUAAGCAAUUAAGUCGAUCCGAGGUGUGGCCUAGAGAUGCAGAUUAUAAGCCUCUGCUGAGACACUCUCUCAAUUACUCAUGGAUCUUGGAGAAGUGGCUGGGGAGUAUGAACUGUAUGUGGGAGGAUAUGAAGGUCAAGGGUGUCAAGGUCAGCGGCGAGCUCGUGGAAUGA